UGUUUUUCUUUUUGUGUCUAUAUAUUGUGUGUGUGAACUCAAGGCUGGGCAUGAAGAUAAUAUUCCUUCAGAGGCAGGGUUCAUAGUCGGAACUCCACCAAUGCAUGGAUACCUCCAAAAAUUUAUACCAGAAGAAGGCAGCUUGGGUGCAGAUGAAAAGUCCCUUUGACUUUUACACAACCGGAUAUGGAGGAUGGCAAUAUCCUUUAUGUGCAGACAGCCCCCAACCAAGAACAGGACUGUUUUUCCCUGGAUGUGAUGAAUGGUUUCCAAGUUGUGAGCAGAGUCGAAAUCUUGGUGGACAUCGUGCCUAAGUGGAUUUAUCUGCAGGUACAGAAUUUCACAGUUCAAGAAGGUGUCUCCAGAGCACUUCUAGAAGACUACCUCAAAAUUCCAAGCAAAUAUUUUGAGGGAUUUGACUGUGAAUUUGUUCUACUUGAACCACCAAAACACAGUUAUGUCAAAAGUUCUAAUUUUCCAAGAGGAAAGCUAAUGAAAUUUAUCGGGAAACAGCUUAAGACAGCAUGUUCCAGGAGCACAUGCACAGGCCAUGAUCUGGAAUUCUGCUGCCCGCAGAACUCCAAAGAAAUUGUCAUAGCACCUGUGUAUGAGUGGACACAACUUUCUCUUGAGACUCUUCAUGAACUUUUCAACUCUUGUCAGAAAUACCUCUGA